GUUGAUUGCGGCUAACUUCAAGACAGUGAGUAAGCGGGCCUUCAACGAAGCGAAUUGCGAAUGUCGUCCGCAAUUAUCUGAAGAUUAUUUUCUUGAUUGAGCCGUAAAUACGCAAAGCAAAAUUCUGCCGAAAUUGUGCGCGUUCGUGCCCGAUGUCUAGUGCUGAAGUCGCCGAUAAUUCCGUUGACCCCCCGGCGAAAAAGCGGAAGCUAAACACAGGAGAGGCGAGUUGCAAAUCCUCAGCAAUGGCGAACAAUGGAACGCGUGUUGAGGAUGAAAUCGACGAGAGUUUGUAUUCGCGGCAGUUGUACGUGCUGGGACACGAUGCUAUGCGUCGCAUGGCCAACUCCGAUGUCUUGAUCUCAGGGCUCGGGGGUUUGGGAGUCGAGGUUGCGAAAAAUGUAAUACUCGGUGGCGUCAAGUCGGUGACUCUGCAUGAUUACCGUAAUUGUACCAUAGCGGAUUUAUCGUCUCAAUUUUAUCUGUCCGAAGCCACGAUUGGGCAGAAUAGGGCGCUAGCCUCGUGCGAGCAGCUCUCCGAACUGAAUCACUAUGUACCUACGACGGCUUAUACAGAUUCUUUGGACGAGGAGUUUUUGAAGAAGUUCAGUGUUGUUGUGUUGACUGGGGCUUCAUGGGCGGAACAACAGCGCGUAGCAGCCAUUACUCACGCUAAUAACAUAGCUUUAGUGAUCGCCGACACCAGGGGCUUGUUCUCCCAGGUUUUCUGUGACUUUGGGGCUAAAUUCAAGGUGCUAGAUGUAACGGGAGAGAACCCCGUAUCUGCAAUGGUGGCGGACAUCUCCCACGAGUAUGAAGCUGUGGUAACUUGCUUGGAUGACACUCGGCAUGGUCUUGAAGAUGGAGACUAUGUUACGUUUAGUGAGGUGGAGGGUAUGACAGAAUUAAAUGGCUGUGAACCCCGCAAAAUCAAAGUACUGGGACCAUAUACCUUCAGCAUUGGUGACACAACCAACUUCACAAAAUAUCAAAGAGGUGGUACUGUCACACAGGUGAAGAUGCCUAAGAUCCUCAACUUUAAACCUUUGAAUGAAUCUGUCAAGAACCCAGAAUUCUUAAUCACGGAUUUCGGCAAGAUGGACUAUCCUCAGCAACUUCAUGUUGGCUUUCUGGCUCUACACAAGUUCAAAGAUGCAGAGGGACGUCUCCCUAAACCCUGGUCUAAUGAAGACUUUACCAAGUUCAUGGAACAUGUCAAUGGUAUCAUUGAAGGAGAGGAGCUAUUCAAGAAAGGAGAGUUGGAAAUCAAUAAGGAGCUUCUGGAGACAUUCUGCAAGGUAUCAGCUGGCGACCUCAACCCUAUGAACGCGGCAAUCGGAGGCGUCAUUGCCCAGGAGGUGAUGAAGGCGUGCUCUGGCAAGUUCCACCCGAUAGUGCAGUGGCUAUACCUAGACGCCAUCGAAUGCCUUCCCAAAGACAAGACUGCGCUCACUGAGGAGAACUGCAAGCCUGUGGGCUCCAGAUACGAUGGUCAGAUUGCGGUCUUUGGCAAAGCUUUCCAAAAGAGGAUUGGAGAACUGAAGUACUUCAUUGUUGGUGCCGGUGCCAUAGGCUGCGAGCUGCUCAAGAACUUCGCCAUGAUAGGCGUCGGUGCUGACGGAGGUCAGCUCACAGUCACCGACAUGGAUCUGAUAGAGAAGUCCAACCUCAACCGACAGUUCCUCUUCCGCCCCAGUGAUGUGCAGAAACCCAAGUCCAGCACUGCUGCCAAGGCCAUCAAAGUCAUGAAUCCAUUAAUGAACGUCACCGCCCAAGAGAACAGAGUUUGCCCCGAGACAGAGGCUGUAUACGAUGAUGCGUUCUUCGAAGCCCUGGACGGUGUGGCUAACGCUCUGGACAAUGUAGACGCGCGUAUUUACAUGGACCGUCGCUGCGUGUAUUACAGGAAGCCACUUCUGGAGAGUGGCACAUUGGGUACUAAGGGUAACACUCAGGUUGUGGUCCCCUUCCUGACCGAGUCCUACAGCUCGUCCCAGGACCCGCCCGAGAAGAGCAUCCCUAUCUGCACCCUCAAGAACUUCCCCAACGCGAUUGAGCACACACUGCAGUGGGCUAGGGACGAAUUCGAGGGUCUGUUCCGCCAGGCUGCCGAGCACGCUGCGCAGUACCUACGGGAUCCUCACUUCCUGGAGAGGACCAUGAGGCUUCCAGGAAGCCAGCCCUUGGAUGCCCUGGAAAGUGUUAAAAAUGCAAUCAACGAACGCCCACUAAGCUUCGACGACUGUGUGGCCUGGGCCCGCAUACACUUUGAGACUCAAUACUCCAACCAGAUCUUACAACUCCUGUACAACUUCCCGCCGGACCAGACAACCACAAGCGGUGCCCCGUUCUGGUCUGGGCCCAAGCGGUGCCCAGCUCCGCUUGAAUUCGAUGAGGAGGAUGAACUGCAUCUGGAUUAUGUAAUCGCUGCUGCAAACCUCAGAGCCCAAGUGUAUGGAAUUCCUCCCUGCGUGGACAGACAGAAGAUCGCGAAAAUCGCUACCAGUGUCCAAGUGCCAAAAUUCAAACCAAAAUCCGGCAUCAAGAUAGCAAUCACUGAUGCACAGUUACAGCAAAACAACGAUGACAUGGAUCAGGACAGGGUCAAGAACAUUGUUGCUGACCUCACUCCGCCAAGCAAACUUGGCAACUUGAAGAUCACACCCUUGGAGUUUGAGAAAGACGAUGAUACUAACUUCCACAUGGACUUUAUUGUAGCAGCUUCUAAUCUACGUGCGGCAAAUUACAAAAUACCACCUGCGGACAGACAUCGUUCCAAGCUCAUCGCAGGGAAAAUCAUACCAGCUAUAGCAACUACCACUUCAGUUGUAGCUGGUCUAGUGUGUCUCGAGCUUUAUAAACUGGCUCAAGGGUUCAACACCUUAGAUGUUUUCAAAAAUGGAUUUGUUAAUCUAGCUCUGCCAUUCUUUGGAUUCUCCGAACCAAUUGCAGCACCAACUAAUGUUUACUACAACAACAAAUGGACUCUUUGGGACUGUUUCGAAGUAAAGGGUGAGUUGACGUUACAAGAAUUCUUAGAAUACUUCAAGAAUGAACAUAAAUUAGAGAUCACGAUGUUGUCUCAAGGUGUGUGCAUGCUCUACUCAUUCUUCAUGCCCAAAGCCAAACGUCAAGAGCGACUCAACUUGCCUAUGUCCGAAGUGGUAACUAAAGUGUCCAAGAAGAAGUUAGAACCACAUGUAAAAGCUCUAGUAUUCGAACUGUGUUGCAACGAUGAAGACGAAAAAGACAUCGAGGUUCCCUACGUCAAGUAUACACUGCCUUAACAAUGUAGAAACUUCUAGAAAAAAACUCAAAAAAAAAACAUCGUCAGAUAUCACGAGCCGAAAUUAUUGAUUUACGUCGACGACGCACGAGCCGGCGAGUUUUUGUGGCAUUUAAAUGCAUAAUAGCGAUGUUUGUACACGAAUUUCACUCACAGAGGGUAUUUUUAAAAAAGUUUAAAAGUUUGUCGACGCGGAUAGUUAGGUUUUAUAAGAGCUCGGGAGCGCCUCGGCCCGGAGCGGCGGACGCGAUUGUACAGUGAUAGUGGUAAACGUGUGAUUCUUUUUUUUUUUAGUUUGAGCUUAAGGAGUUAAGACACGCUUUUAUUGUCUACAUGAUAUUAUGAUAUAAUUCGUAUAUUUAUGGUAGUAUAAUGGUAGAGACACAUUGGCAACACCCCGCCCCGUGCGUGUCGAUUCCAAUCACAUAUGCUGGGAAACAUAUAGCCAACACCCAACCUGACGCAAACCGUUUCGACCCCCUACCCAUAAUGUGAACACAAGCAUUGCGAUCGUUUCGAACAUCCUCGCUGACGCCAUUUUGGAAAUUAGUUAUUACUAACAUAAAUUCAACCGUGCCAACACGUGUAACACCCUGACUUUUUGGCAAUUGAACGUUCCGUAGUAAUGUUGCUUAGAAAGCGAUUGGGUGGAGUUUCCAUUUACCAUCAGGCGAAAUAAAAAAGCGCGUACGUGUACUUAAUAUCACAAAUUGCUGUAGCAGUGGAUUGGCUCGAUAUUGGGCUACUCUUGUCGGGUGGGGUGUUGGAUAAGUGUUUCUAAUAUAAUUGUUUGCUCACGUACCGUCACGGAUUGCGCUGUUUUAUUUUGUGAUUCUAACAAUCUGUUGAUUUUUACACAAAAUUUGUCUGAAAAUAAUUUUAAUUAAUAUUUAAAAUCAGUGGGGUAU